AUGAAGCCGACUGGGUUGAUAAUUCUGUUGGCAAUAACGAUAUCAAGUGAAGCUGGUCAUGUCUUUAUUAGUCCCAGCUCGUUGGAGCCAGUUCAUCGACAGACGAUGAAGCCAUUGGCUGAAGAGUUGAUCAAAAGAGGACAUCAAGUCACCUGGUUUGAGUAUGGUCUCAAAAAGGUAGGGUAAAAUACCGGAUCACUUUUUUUGAUGAUGAAACUAAUUUAAAAUUUUUUAAGGUAUUAGUUUAUUGAUAAAUAAAAGGUUUUUUUGCUAGUAUACCUAAAUCGACAUUUUUUUCUUAGUAAAAUACUUAAAUUAACCAUUCUUUAACUACAACGCUUGUAAAGUUAAGUUUGCAUGUUUCUUAUUACCUAAACUUACAGCCAACCGACCAAUUACCCUCAAAAGUAAAGCAAAUAUACGUUCAAGUGCCAUUAGUCGACCAGUCGCUCUAUGAUCUCUACGUACGACAGAAUCAUUCCGAUUUGAAGCGACAAUGGGAUUCUGAAUACUGGAACGACAACGAGAGACGUGAUCAUUGGAUUCACUCUGUAAAACUGUGUGAUACGUUAUUGAGCAGUAAGAAGGAUCGUGCUGUGUUUGAUCAACUGGUCGAUACGAAGUUUGACGCUGUUGUUAUUGAUGAUCUUUACAAUCCUUGUGGACUUAUUCAUACUGGUAAGGUUUUCUUUGGCUUUUGAUGUUUUAGAAGGAACUUUUGAUGAAAGAUGAAGUGAAUAGGUAAUAGAAAGUUUUUUAUAAUCAAGACUAAAUGAAUUUUUAUUUGUCUUGGACGAUCUAUCUCAAAAUAAUCAAGUUUUUUAUCAAAUUUAAAUUUUUUUGCUUUUUUUUGAUAAAAUUAGGUAACAACUUUAAUGUUUUAGCCCUUCAAAAAUCAGUAUUCGUCUACUACAGCAUCACUGGCCUGCGUACAGAAUCCGCUUGGUCUCAUCACUCUCCCAGUCCACCAAGUUACAUCCCAGCUCCAGGAUCCGGCUUAACAGAAGAGAUGGAUUUCUUCGAAAGAAGUCGAAACCUACUACAAUAUUCGCAGAACCUGUACACUCAUCAUCGUGUUGUUCUACCACUAAUUGAUGGUUUGACUAAGAAGCAUUUUGGAAGCCACAAACUUCACGAAGCCUUUUACAUGGAGAGAAAUGCCAGUUUGAACUUUGUCAACCAUUUCCCUAUCUUCGACUUUGCCAGACCGUAUAUGCCUAGGGUGAACUUUGUCGGAUGCACUCAUUGCAGGAAGGCUCAGGGGUUAGAAAAGGUAAGUUUGGAGCGUUUUAUGGUCAUUUUUGUUGUAAUCGAGCACUAUUUUGUUUAAAAAAAGUUAAUAUUUUGUUUUUUUAGGCUUUCAAACCUAUUGAUGACACUAGAAUUACAAAACUAUUAUUUUAGAAGUACUCUGACUUUAUCUCUACAGCAAACGAAGAAAACGGAUUCAUAGUCAUCAGUUCCGGUCACUCAUCCCAAUGGAAACAUGCCCCACAAGAUGUCGUGGACAACCUUCUUGCUGCCAUCAAAUCCAAACCUAACAUCAAGUUCAUCUUCCAAUACGAUGGCACCCUCAAGAAUGCUCCAAAGAAUCUAAUCACAUCAAAAUGGCUGCCAUUACAAGAUUUACUUGGCCACAAACUUUGCAAAGCUCACAUUUCUCAUGGAGGUCUGAAUAGUAUCAUGGAGAGUGUUUGGCAUGGAGUACCGGUGAUUGGAUGGCCGUUGAACGUAAACAACAAGGAUAACUUGUUGAGAGUGACAGCACGACAUGCUGGGCUCAUGUUGAGUACGAAGAGGCCUGCUGAAAAGCAAAUAGUGUCGGCUUUGAACAGGAUUUAUGUUCAGAGCUUCAAGGAUGAGGCAUUGAUUUUCCAGGUAGGCUCAUUUUGAGAUGUCAUAACUUUUAAAGUAUAACACAGAAAAUCUUAAAUUUUGGGUAUAUUGUAGCUAAAAGACUAAUAAUCAAUUUACAAUACAACUGAGGUAACAAAAAGUAUAUUCUAGGACAUGGUAACCGAUGUACCAUACACAGAGCUAACUCACGCCGCUUUCUGGGUCGAGUUCAUCAUUCGCCAUCAAGAAAUCCCUCACGCCAGAUCAGGAGCCGAUGACUUGAACAUUCUCCAGUACUUCCUUGUUGACGUAAUUGCAUUUUUGUUAUCUUCAGUCUUUAUUAUUGUAUAUAUCAUUCAUCAUACGAUACGAUUGUUGGUCAAAGCCAUCGUAUGGGGAUUGGUCACUUUGUGGCGUUUGGCUUUCAACAAGAAGCCCAAGGUGGACAAGAAGAAGAAAACGAAUUAA